UCAGUAAAAAAAAAUAUUCUUCAGUAUUCGUCCAAUGGAAGUCAUUGCUCUGUAUCUCUUCGUUCCUCUUCUCUUCUUCUUCCUCCUCUCCGCCCUCCGCCGCCGCCAGAAAUACUCUCCACCAAGCCCUCCCUCACUCCCUCUCCUCGGCCACCUCCACCUUCUCAAUAAACCCCUCCACCAAUCCCUCGCCUCCCUCUCUGCGCGCCACGGCCACAUACUCUCCCUUCGCUUCGGCUCCCGCCCCGUCAUCCUGGUCUCCUCCGCUUCCGCCGCCGAAUCCUGCUUCUCCAAGAACGACGCCAUCUUCGCCAAUCGCCCCCGAUUCCUCGCUGGAAAGCAUCUCGGCUAUAACUACUCCACACUGGCAUGGGCCUCUUACGGCCCCCACUGGCGCAACCUCCGCCGCAUCACAACCGUGGAGAUCUUCUCCCCCUCCCGCCUUCACUCCAUCUCCGAUCUCAUCUUUCAAGAAGUCGCCGCGAUGGUAAAGGCUUUGGCCGAGGCCGCCAGAACUGGUGGGGUUAUCGAGAUGCGGCCGAGAUUGUUCGAACUGAAUUUGAAUUUGAUGAUGAAGAUAGUUGCCGGAAAGAAAUUCAAUCAGACAGAGGUGUUCCGGCAGAUCGUAAGGGAAACUUUUGAAUUGAGCGGGGCUACAAAUUUCGGGGAUUUUAUUCCGUUGCUGCGUUUGUUUGAUUAUAAAGGAUUGGAGAAGAAGCUGAUUAGGUUGCAGGGUAGAAGGAAUUCUUUCUUGCAGGAAUUGAUUGAUGAGCGCAGGAGAGAUUCAGCAUAUUCAUUUGAUAAUGAAGCUGAAAGAGAUCGGGAAGAAAAGGGGAGGAAAUGCUUGAUUGAUAGUUUGCUUUCUCUGCAAAAAACUUCUCCGGAGCAGUAUUCGGACGAAAUUAUCAAAGGAAUCGUGGUGGUUCUUCUAUCUGCCGGCACAGAUACGUCUGCCCUAACGACAGAAUGGGCGCUCGCUCUGCUCCUACGCAACCCAACAGCUCUCUCCAAAACCCGCGCCGAGCUCGACCGCCAUAUCGGCAAUAACCGCCUUAUAAACGAAGCAGAUCUCCCCAAUCUCCCUUACCUCCGCUGCGUCAUCAAAGAGACCCUUCGCCUCCACCCCGUAGUGCCGCUCAUCCCGGCACGGGAGUCCAGCGAAGAUUGCGCCGUCGAGGGAUUUCACGUGCCAAAAGGCGCCAUGUUACUCGUCAACGCGUGGGCGAUUCACAGAGACCCGUCGCUGUGGGAGGAGCCCGAGAACUUCAAGCCGGAGAGAUGGGAAGGAGAAGAAGAAGAAGGAGAGAUGAGCAGGAAGCAGGGGAAGGUGUUGUCCUUCGGGAUGGGGAGGAGAGGGUGUCCUGGAGAAGGAUUAGGUCUCCGAAGUGUGGGGUUGGCUUUAGGAGCGUUGGUUCAGUGCUUUGAGUGGGACUCCGAUGGAGGUGGUGGUGGGGAGGUGGAUCUUACGGAAGGGAGUGGACUUACAAUGCCAAUGGCGACGCCAUUGACAGCCUUCUGCAAGAAGCGGGGCGAUAUGAAUCGAACUGUGUUUGCCUGUUAAGAAACUUUUAGGAGAGAAUUGAAUAGGUUCUCUUAUUAUCAUGCAUGAUAUUUUAGCUUGGUGUAACUUAUGCUUAUAAGGCUUAUUUAAUUCAAGCUUCGUUUGGAAUGUUCUACAAAAAAGUGAUCCAUGGCCAGGAUUCUUUA